AGCGUUCUUUCGUUACGAGGAUGUGACGCAGCACAAAACGCCCACAAUUCCUUGCAAGGUUCCGGUUUGCUUUCCUUCAGUGCUAAGAUGGCGGACCGGCGACGACGAAGGAGGCGCGCGUCUCAGGACAGUGAGGAGGAGGACGAAUCUGCCUCUGGUUCGGAGACCGAGAGACCAUCUUCUCCAGGGGGAAAGGCUCGUGUAAGGGACCCCGAGCCCGUGGAGGUGCCAACUGUACGAGUUGUGGUGAAGAGGGAUGACGAAUCGGAGUGUGAGAGUGAAGAUGGGGUAGGCGAGGCGGUAUUGUCGGACUAUGAGAGUGCGGAUCCUGAGGAGAACGGCUCGCAUUCAGAGGGAGGAGAGGAGGAGGAUGAUGAGCGGGAGCAGUUCAGCGAGGAAGAGUCAUCUCGGCCCGCUGAUGUUCCCCCUGCCGAACCCGACGGCCCUGCCGUGGAGCUGCAGCUGGAGAUAGAGGGAGAGGCGGGAGAGGUGGUAGAGGCUGGAGAGGUGGAAGAGGCGGGAGAGGUGGAAGAGGCUGGAGAGGUGGGAGACGCAGGAGAGGUGGGAGACGCAGGAGAGGUGGUAGAGGAGGAGGAGGAGGUGGAAGAGGAAGAGGAGGUGGAGGUGGAGGUGGAAGAAGGCGAGGCUGGAGAGGACACCAAGACAGAGGACAAGAGCGACCUUGCCGGAGAGAGGCAAAGUGGAGAUGGACAGGAGAGCACCGAUGACCCUGAGAACAAAGGUGAUGUCAAAACUGGCCAGAAGUUGGACGACGACGAGGAUCGCAAGAACCCCGCUUACAUCCCCCGCAAGGGCCUGUUCUUUGAGCACGACGUGAGAGGCCAGACACAGGAGGAGGAAAGGCCAAAGGGCCGUAACAGGAAGCUGUGGAAGGACGAGGGUCGCUGGGUGCACGAUAGGUUUCGAGAGGAGGAGCAGGCGCCUAAGUCCCGCGAGGAGCUGAUCGACUUAUACGGUUACGAUAUCCGCAACGGCACGGGACCCAGCGAGGGACGACAGUACCGCCCGCGCAAGCCCAGGCACAGCUCGCCCCCGUCCCGUGACAAGCGUUACCGUGACCUAACAUGCGAGAAACCUGCCCCUCGCUCCUCCUGGCAAGGUGCCCGCAGCGUCCCCCCUUCGCCGGGUCCCCAAUCAACCGGCCCUCCGCACCCCUCCAGCAACCCUGCUCCCUUCGCUCCGCGCCCCUCUGCCCCCAGAGUCUCCUCCUCCCAGGCCCCGCCCAACCGGGGCUUCCAGGGCAGCCGCCCGCAGCCUAACAUGCACAGGGGUGAGGGGCGCGGGGAGAGGGGCCCAAGGUCCGGCGCCGACGUCCCUGCCCCCCGGUCGCAGCGGCCACAGCACGUGGAAGGGGAGCGUGGCCCACGGCUCAGGGGGGUCAGAGGCCCUGGGCCUGGGUUCCAGUCGGAGCGGAGCCCCUCUGUGGUGGUGGAGGACGUGCAGCACCUGGGUGAGUCUGGCGAGCUGGACGACGACCUGUACGACGAGGGGCCCGCCAUCACCAAGACGACCACUUUCACCAGCUCCAGCUACAGCCACUACAGCAAGACGGAGAGGGACAUCGCUGUGGCGGCCACUGCCGCGGCGACGGCCCCGUCGUUACAGUUUUCGCGGCGACAGCAGGACCCUUCUCCUCCCUCUCUUCAGCAGCAGAAUAGCGGCAGUGGCAGAGGGGAUAUCCCGGCAUCCUCGGCGGGCCGGGAAGCCUCGCCGCCCCCGGAGCGGCCGGUGGAGAGGAAGUCAUACUCGGCCGCCCGCAGAACUCGACCGCGGCCCUCAGACAUUGGCAAGCAGGCGUCUCUGGAGGAGCCCUCGCCCCUGCAGACAACUACGCCCCCUACUGGAGCAGGAGGUGCAGGAGGCAGCAGUAGCAGCAGCGGCGGUGAUAGCGGCGGGAUAAAGGGGGAGCAGUGGCAGGGCGGUCAGGGGGAGAGCGGAGCGCCGGCCACCCUCACGGGCCUGGACCAGGACCUCGCCAGGCUCAGCCUCGCUGGACAGAACUGGGCUCAGAGCCCGCCAUCAUACCUGCGCGCAGAUCUGAGGGGUAUUCCCAGUUCUAUGCACAUGGGUGGAGCUCCACCUCCGUAUGCCAACAUGGAGGAGAUGGGUGUUGGCGGUGGUCGGGCGAAGCGCUACUCGUCCCAGCGGCAGCGGCCUGUGCCUGAGCCUGCCCCACUGCACAUAGGAGUGAUGGAGGGCCACUACUUCGAACCCAUGUCUUACCAGGGACCAAUCUAUGCCCACGGCGACAGCCCCGCUCCUCUCCCGCCCCAGGGCAUGCUGGUCCAGCCGGAGAUGCACCUCCCACACCCGGGCCAUCCAGGUCUUCAUCCUCACCAGUCAGGCGGACCCAUGCCGAACCCCGCCCUCUACGCCGCUCCGCCUGUUUCCAUGUCGCCGGGGCAACCGCCUCCCCAGCAGCUCCUGGCCGCACCCUUCUACCCGCCCCCCGGGGUCAUGACCUUCAGCAACACCAACUUCCCCUACUCCCCGGGCACUGCGCUGCCCCCUAUGUACAACCCCAACCCACAGGCCCAGUCGCAGGUCUACGGGGGGGUCACGUAUUACGACACGAUGCAGCAGCACGCCCAGCCCAAACCCUCACCCCCCAGACGCUCCUCUCAGCCCGUCACUGUCAAGCCGCCCCCGCCAGAGUUUAUGUGCGCGCUGUCGCCCUCUGCAGGACCGGGGUGGUAAACAGAGUGAGGAGGUGCGCUCGUAGCCCCCAGUGUGGCGAUGUGGGGCCAGGCUGGGCACAAGGUUGUCUUUCGAGGACCAGCACCACUUGUGGAUGGACACAGAUUCAUUCUCCUUUUCUUUUUUCUUUUUUUUGGUCAAUUUUUAAAUUUCAUUGUUAGUAAUAUGUUGCUAAUUUCGUUCCUUCUCUUUAUGUUUUUCUUUUCUAACAUUUUUGUGUUGUACAUUGAGUGUUUGCUCACCCCUUCAGUUCAAUUCCCCAACCCCCUACUGUGCUCAUGAUUUUAAAAUCCUCUCUUCUGAUCUGAUCUCGCUCUCUCUCUGCCUUUCGGAGGAGACUCGCUGGCAUUAAAAAAUGUUUCAGGCUUAGGAGGACUGCCGUCAAGCCAAGGGGACCUGGGCUGGGGUUGGAGGGAGUUGAAAGUGGCCUAAUGGUGACGUACUGUAAAUUAGACUGCCACAUCACAGCCACAGGACCCCCCGCAACCAUCGCAUGGAUCUUAUCCGUUAUAAUACAAAAUUGUGCGGUGGUUCGACUCCGUUCGUGAACCGAGUUGUUUGCUGUCUGUAGCAGCUUAAAGAAGACUUCCCAGUCUCUCUUGGUUGUUAGUAGACUCAGUGGUAUUUGUUCUGGAAUUCUCUUCCAGGUCACAAUAUCUCGGCAACAGAAUGAGGGCGGCAGAUUGGAACAACGAGGCAAAUGUUUACUGUAUACCUGUUUAACAAACGGCUUGAGGCAGCUGUCUCAUUGGCUGGUCAGUCCUGUUACCAUGCCAGCAGGGCCUAAGAGGGGGAGCAUGUUUUUAGUGGACAGUUGGGUCCUGUGUAACACUAGAGCAUCACUACAAACGCCUAUCGCCACAUCAGUCCCUGUUUGUGGUUUCGGUCGAGGCUAUUUGAAUUGAACUGAAUUCAGAUGGAGGACGUGAAGUGUAUUAAAGGAGAAAGUAGUGUAGUCACUUGCCCACAUGGUGUUUCAGAGAAUGAAAGGAACCUGUUUAGAACUGAAUUACAACCCAUUUUCUCUUGCGAUAAUUUAGCCGUUUCCCCCGCGGUUACUGGUGCUUACAUCCCCUUCAGUCAUCCCUACUUUGAAUGGACUUUAGAGUGAAAUGCUCUUCUGAAGUACUUGACCAAUCCACUCACAGUAUGGUUUUAUGGAAGGCGCUGGUGCUAGUAGGAGCAUGUAGCAGAGGGCGAUCCUGAUUUAAAAAAAAAAAAAUUUCACUAGAGAGGAGGCGCUUUUCUCUGUGUUCUCUCCUUUUUCCUUUUUCCCUUUUGCUAACUUCCGCCUUGUGCUGUGUGGAGUUGAAAAUACUGUAUUAUCAGAGUAAAACCCAUUAACCUUUAGCUUAAACUGAAGUACUUGACAGUGCAACUGCUUGGUGAUGACGUUUUUAAUGUAAGUGUGUGUAUAGACAAGUGUAUAUUGAAGCCUGUGGUUUAUUGAGCUGUAAUACUUUUGAUGAUUUCAUUUUUGUUUGUUUCUAGUUACCCGAGGAGUACUGUCAGCUUGAGCUAAAUCGGCAGGGAAGCCCCGGCCUGUUCAUUUUCGUUGGUCUUAUAUUUGUAAAGAUGGGGAAAAAUGAAAGGAUUUAAGGAAAACAACUAAUGACCCUGUAGUGGCCAGAGACAAAGAUGGCAGUCCCGCUUCUAUUACGGUUAAAGAUAGGAACGGAGGCUCGUCUAUAAGCCACUUGUUUCCCAGGGGGGUGGGGUUGCUUUUGAAUUGUAACUUUGCCUUCCAGUAAUGCUGUACAGACAUGCAUGAGGAUAAAAAUAUAUUUCAUUGUGAAAGCAAUUGUAGAGGGGUGUCAGGGGCUGAAAGCUGUUAUAUUCUACCCCCUACAGGGGAGCACAGGAUGCUGUUGUUAUUUUCUUUCUUAAGUAAACAAAAUAAAUUAAAUUAAAUGACUUUCCUCCAUUUUUAUGUUCCACAGAGAGCCUAACAGUAUAUAAACAAAAAUAGUCGCAAUGUUCGUUCUCAGUGUUGAUUAGAUAUGACUGAUUGAUUAAUUUUAAGAGUAAUUUAAAAUGUAUUGCGUUUUAUGCCUUAAUGAUGGAAUCGGUUAAACAUAUCUUCGGUUUUGUUUCGAAUAGACCUGCCAACACUGUGAGGCCGUGUGCUUGUUUUGUCAGUGAUCGAAUAUACAAUUUUUAUUUUAUUUUUUUCCGUUUUGUUUUGUGGAGAAAUUUUGUCAGGAGGACUAUUAAAAAAAGAAUUUGAGUCUGAAA